AUGAGAAAAACGGCACCUCUUGAAAAACUCGUUGUCGCGGAUACGGUGAUUCAGGCUUGCCUGGCACACGCCUUCACGACGGAGCAGGAGGAAGUGAUGGGGCUGUUGCUUGGCGAUGUCACGCUGCAUGACGGUGGCGGCACCGCAACUGCCACCCCCACAGGGACCCUGACGGCGGCUGCAGCCGCGACCCCCGCCGUGUCCGGUGGCGCUACUGCGCCGAGGACAGGCGUGACCGCCGGCGCUGCUGCUUUGGACACCACAAGCCCCAUAUUCCGUAAGCGCGCCAAUGUGUGGGGGACUUGGGUCUUGCAGCGCAGCGUCCGCCGCUCCGACCGCGUCGAGAUUGCCCCGGAGAUGCUUGCCAGCGCCACGGAGGAGGCCAACCGCUACACACAGCAGGUGGGGCGUCAAACUCGCGUGAUUGGGUGGUACCACAGCCACCCCCGCAUCACCCCCUACCCAUCGCAGGUGGACCUUCGCUCGCAGGGGGCGUACCAGCAGUUGGAAAGCGGCUGGGUUGGCCUGAUAUUCAGCGUCUUUUACAGCGACGCGACGAACAGAAAUAGCGUCUCGAUUCACUGCUUCCGGACCGGCCCGGGCGAAACACACGAGAAGGUUGAGAUGGAGAUUGUCCCAGUGGGGAAGAUGCCACUGAGGUUCCUGCCGCCGUGUGAGGUCACAUGUCACCUUCUGCAUGUAUUUCGCGCCGAGGUCGCCGCCGCCGUGGAGAUGGUGCGGCGGCGCUGCAACAACGCACCUGACGCCAUGGCGGCAGCGUUCGCCUUGCAGGUGGUUCAGCUGUACACUCUUGACAAGUUGAUUGCGCAGCCCACCUUGCGGCACCUGAAGUCUUCCAUUGCUUCCCUGGAGCGUCAGGUGGAACGUCUGGAGCGUGAGCUGUCGGCGCCGAAGCCGUGA